GGAAAGAGGGAAGGGAAGAGAAAGAGGGAGCCAAAGAAAGCUCUCAUCUUCCUCUUCUCAAACUCCAUCUCUCUCUCUCUUCUUCUUCUUCCUCACCUCCUCGCCCGGACCCCGGAUUUUUUGAAGGGGGAAGGAGGCGGAGGCGGAGGAGAUGGGGAGGGAGGAGAGGUUCCCGGUGUGGGAGGCAGCGCUAGGCGCUGGGGUCGCCGCCGCCUUCGCCACCGGGCUCGUCGGAGUCUACCUGUCCAUGCCGGACUCCGACUACAGCUUCCUCAAGUUGCCGCGCAACCUCGAGGAGCUCCAAAUACUCACUGGCCAUCUUGAGAACUAUACCAGUGACUACACCAUACAGGUGUUGGUGGGUUACUGUUCUGUGUACAUCUUCAUGCAGACCUUUAUGAUCCCAGGAACAAUAUUCAUGUCAUUGCUUGCUGGUGCGCUGUUUGGGCAACUCCGAGGCCUGGCCCUUGUGGUCUUUGCGGCCUCGGCUGGUGCUUCUUCGUGCUUUUUCCUGUCAAAGCUAAUUGGAAAGCCAUUGGUAUUCUCACUGUGGCCAGAUAAGCUCAUGUUCUUCCAGAAGCAGGUUGCCAAAAGAAGAGAAAGGCUGUUGAAUUACAUGCUCUUUCUCAGGGUCACCCCAACUUUGCCAAACACCUUCAUCAACUUAGCAUCACCCAUAGUAGAUGUUCCCUACCAUAUAUUCUUACUGGCUACUCUCAUCGGUCUCAUUCCAGCUGCCUAUGUGACUGUGAGGGCUGGGAUUGCUCUAGGAGAGCUAACAUCGCUGAGUGACCUGUAUGACACCCAAUCGAUCGCGUUGCUGUUCUUGAUCGGGGUUGUUUCAGUAACACCAGCAUUGUUGGGCAAGGAUGAGGCACAAGAAAAAACACAAGAAAUCACCGUAGCCGCCUCAUGAUCAACGAAGCGUCAACCCGGAUCGCUUCACCUGUACAUGUGAAGAUCCAGCAUGCAGGCAGGGUUGCUUCAGGAGAACGAGCAACAAAGGCCUGACAACACAUAUGGUUUGCACACAUCAUGACAGGACCCUCCAACCCCAGAAGGUCUUCCGUGACCCCUCCCCAUUACCGGAGGCCUGCCUGGGUUGCCAUCAAAACAUUUAUGGAAGUGGUUAGCCACCCGCGUUAUGGAACUGGGAGGCACAAUGCCCAUCAGGCAAAAGCUUAGCCUUGAUGUGUAAGCAUUAAAGCAAGUAGUGUUGUUUAGAUGGGACAAGCAACUGAUCUGAUCCCUGUAUAUAUUGAUCAGAUUCAUUCAAUCCAUAUUCAGUGGUUCAAUCACAA